AUGAAGCCGGUGGUGGGAAUCGUGGUGUCGAACAAGAUGCAGAAGUCGGUGGUGGUGGCGGUGGACCGCCUCUUCCACCACAAGGUGUACAACCGCUACGUCAAGCGCACCUCCAAGUUCAUGGCGCACGACGAGGUCGACGACUGCAACGUCGGCGACCGGGUCAGUGAUCUCUCGCCCCCAUUUGAUCGGAUCCCUCCCAGGGUCCCCCUUGUUACGACUCGCUACAGCAUCCGUGUGCUUGGGAUUUAG